UAAGAGGGUGGUGCGGGGGGCGGCAGAUCUAAGAUCCAAUUGGCUUCGGACUUCGCUGGGAGGCGGGAUGAAUCCUUGAGAGGUGGCUGACGAGGUCUGCGGGCUACCUAGGAGCGCGGGAGUGAGGUAGCAAGCCCAGGCCACCUGCCCUACGAGAUACGGCCUGGGUGCCUCUGUUCUCGGACUCCUGGGUGCUGCGGGUUGAGGCCUGCAGGAUGGAGGAAAGUGGGAAUCCAGGAAGCCUGAUUAAGAUGGUCCAUCUACUGGUCUUGUCAGGGGCCUGGGGCAUGCAAAUGUGGGUGACCUUCGUCUCAGGCUUCCUGCUUUUCCGAAGCCUUCCCCGACAUACCUUCGGCCUCGUGCAGAGCAAACUCUUCCCUUUCUACUUUCACAUCUCCAUGGGCUGUGCCUUCAUCAACCUCUGCAUCUUGGCUCCACAACAUGCCUGGGCUCAGCUCACAUUCUGGGAAGCCAGCCAGCUCUUUCUGCUGUUCCUGAGCCUCACGCUGUCCACCAUCAACGCCCACUGGCUAGAGCCCCGCACCACGGCCGCCAUGUGGGCCCUGCACGCGGUGGAGAAGGAGCGGGGCCUGGGCGGGGAGGUGCCCGGCAGCCACGAGGGCCCCGACCCCUACCGCCAGCUGCGGGGACAGGACCCCAAGUACGGUGUCCUCCGCCAGAUCUUUUUCCGCUACCACGGCCUGUCCUCCAUGUGCAACCUGGGCUGCGUCCUGAGCAACGGGCUGUGUCUGGCGGGCCUCGCCCUGGGCCUCAGUAGCCUGUAGCACGCACUGCCUCUCUGGCCCUGCUGAGGGCCCCGGUGUCAAUAAACACUUCUUUGGAAA